GCCUAUCUCCAACAGCCAUCUUGAGCCCCGCCCAACCAUUUUAGGUGGUAUAGCUAGAGGAAAAUGAGAGGCAUAUAUCUAACUUAUGUUUCAACCAGUGAGGGAGAAAGGAGACUAGAACCAAGACUAGAGGAGCAUGUCAUAUUGCCUGAGCUAGCUCCUACUGAUGUCAUGGUUCAAAUCAAAGCAUGCGCUCUUUCAAGGAUUGACGUACAAGCACUUAGAGACUUGAGUGGAGAUUUAGAGCAAUUUCCAGUCGGUUAUGAAAUAUCUGGAAUCGUAACGAAAGUUGGUGAAUCAGUAUCGCUGAUUGGUAUCACUGACCAAGUCUGUGGGAUUUUACCCAUUGAUACAGAGUGCCCUGGUUGUGCCGAGUAUUGUGUUGUACCAGAAUUCUGUUUAAUUAAGAAACCAUUUGGCGUGUCUCACACUGAUGCAGCUGCCAUAUUGAUCCCAGCACUGAGAGCUUACACUUGCCUUGAGUGUAAAGUUAAGCUUCAGCCUAACUCGACACUCCUUCUCUUCUCUGCAUAUUCAUCUAACGGUUUGGCAAUUAUUGGUCUUUGUGAGAUCUUACAAAUUAAAGUCAUAGCUGUUGUCAGGAAUGCUGAUGAGGCUGAGAAACUAGCUACUUUAUAUCCAUCACUCUAUAAGAUACUUAAUCUUGUCAAUGUAAAGGAGCUCCUUGAUAUUUGUAAGCAGGAAACAAAAGGUCUUGGAGUCAACUGUAUCAUUGAUAAUGGAGUUCAUCCUGGCUAUUCAUUAGCUGAUUAUGACGUGAUGUCACAAUCAGUCAAAGAUCAAUUGAGACACUCACUUAUACGACACGAAUACGAGACCAAACCCACUCCCACUCACGACCUCCCCACCAAGCAGCUAAUAAUAAACAUGCUAGCGACUCAAGGCCAAUGGAUUACAUCGUGCCCUGAAUUACAACUUGAUGCUCCAGAAACAAGGCUACUCUAUCUCAAAGGAUGCAGUAUUCACUUUUUGUUUGAGCCAGUUUGGAGUCUCUCUGGCUCUCAGCAAGGAACAUACAUACGGAUUUUAACUGAUGCUGUCACUAAACUAAAAGAAGGGAAACUAAGGCCACUUGUACAGUAUAUGGUUAGUCUGUCUCAAGUUAGUCAUGAAAUUGUGAAGUUAGGAGCUCAGCAAGGACGGAUUAUCAUGACGACUGACGCAUCUCAUGCAACAUAAGACACACAAUUAUUCUAUACUGUGCUAUUUUAUUGUAAUAAAUUUUAAAGAAAUAGCAAAAGCUUUUUAAAUGCA